AGCGCCCCCUAAAUUGACUGUUAUUGCAAUGUUUAGAAUGGGUUGGUGCGAUGCUAGGCUAGCUGUAUCGUUUCUUCCAGCUGCCAUUCGAAGUAGCGUAAUGUCUGGUCCCGGUUAACUAUCCUCGGUUUGUUACGUCUUCGGAGUUUCUUGAGUUUAAGGUAGUAUUUAAGACAAGUGUUGACUGAACUAAAAUCACCAACCUUAUCUUUGGGUCCAACCUGGAGGUGGGCUGCUUUGUACAAAUGGAUAAUGGAGAUUGGGGCCAUAGGAUGACUAAACCUGUAACACUGAAUGUGGGAGGCCACUUGUACACCACCUCCCUAUCUACCCUUCAGCGCUACCCAGACUCGAUGCUGGGAGCCAUGUUCCGUGGCGAUUUCCCUACAACACGUGAUACCCAAGGAAACUACUUUAUUGACCGUGAUGGUACUCUCUUUCGGUAUGUGCUGAACUUCCUGCGGACGUCAGAGCUUACUCUCCCAGAAGAUUUUACAGAGACAGACCUCCUGAAAAAAGAGGCUGACUUUUACCAGAUUGAGCCUCUAAUCCACUGUCUUAAUGACCCCAAGCCACUCUAUCCCUUGGACAUCUUUGAGCAGGUGGUGGAAUUGUCCAGCACUAGGAAGUUGUCCAAGUACUCAAAUCCAGUGGCUGUCAUUAUUACACAGCUUACUAUUACCACCAAGGUCCAUGCCCUCCUUGAAGGCAUCUCUAACAACUUCACAAAAUGGAACAAACAUAUGAUGGACACCAGAGACUGCCAGGUAUCCUUUACUUUUGGACCAUGUGACUAUCACCAAGAGGUAUCCCUAAGAGUUCACCUCAUGGACUACAUAAUGAAGCAAGGCUUCACCAUUAGGAACACUCGUGUGCAUCACAUGAGUGAGCGGGCCAAUGAAAACACAGUGGAGCAUCAUUGGACAUUUUGCAGGCCAGCUCUCAAGACAGAAGACUAACUACAAAUUAGUAAAUUAUAUAAAGUUCCUGUUUAAAGUUUUACAAAUAGGUCAAGCCAUGCAGUAGUAGAGUAGAAAAGUGACCAUACAGUCAUGAUCAUUCAAUUAAGAAAUACAUUGAAAAUACAUAAAAAAGAAAUAUCAAAAUUGAUUAAUAAAAGAAAGAAUACCAUCUCUGCAUUGAAUUAUGUCAGCCAUGUAGACUAUGAAGAACCAUUGAUUAAAAAAAGUACAAAUUGUAAGCUGGUGUAUGUACAUUAUAUCUGCAUGGUGUACAUUCAAAACACCAACUGUUUUGCAUGUAUAUGAGUAAUCUAUAUAUUUCCUGCUGUAUUAUGUUUCAGAAUUAAUUUUGAUUGUCACUAGCAUCAGGGUUGAUGUUUUGUUGUGUCUCGUAAACAUAUCUUGACAACCUGUUGUGGCAUGCAUCUCUUUGAUUAUACUGAAUAAUUGCUUUUUUACUGUAGGUCAUAGACCAUGUCACCCCAAGCCUGUUUGUGUUCCAUGGAGCUGAAUCAUGCAUACACUCAAUCUCAGAGCUUCUGUGAUUCCUCUUUAAGAUUUUUGGCAUUUAAGUCCGGGAUUUUCUUGUUGUGUUUGUGCUAUAGUUUCUCUGAUCUCUAUACUUUGAUAUACGGCAUUCUCCUCUUCUCUGGAACAAACGUCCUGCUUCAAUUAAGGAGGCUGACACCAUUACAACUUUCAAAGCAUUCUGUUUAAUGAGUUUUACUGCUGCUAAGUGUAUGUCUGUAUUUGUACUAUAAAAUGUGAAAUUACAAAUAAAGCAAACCUGACCUUG